GAGAAAAUCAGACGGUCGGAAAUACCCGAUCGAACAAAAACGAUCUUCGUUAAAAUGUCCCGUCAGGAAAUUGGAUCUCCCAUUUUCCAGGCACCAAACAAUUAAAAUACAGAAGGAAAAGAACUUCACAGCCUUUGAUCUCCGAUCAGAAGCUGAUCGUGGUGUAAAACAAUGAAUUUUCUGCUGCCUUUGCGGUCCAAUCAACAGGGAACGCCAGAACCACCUCCAGUACCAGAAGAAGUGGUGGAGUCGCCUUACGUUUCUAAAUCUGCAACAACUUUGGAAGGGCUUAUAGCUGAAGAUCCAUAUCCAGAGUACCCCACAGUUGAAAAUCAUGGUGGAGAAACCAAUGGAUUUGAAGGCGAGAGUGCUGAUGUUGUGAGUGAAAAGAAUGGUUCUGUUCUGGAGAGUCACACUGAUGUUUCUGAAGGAGAUGGAUGGAUCACUAUUCCAUAUAAGGAUCUCCCUGAUGAUUGGAAUCAGGCACCAGACAUACAUUCUUUACGUUCCCUGGAUCGUUCUUUUGUUUUCCCUGGUGAAAAAGUUCAUAUUCUAGCAUGCUUAUCAGCGUGUAAUCAGGAAACAGAAAUUAUUACCCCAUUUAAAGUUGCUGCAGUGAUGAGCAAAAAUGGCAUGCGAAAGGGCAUUGAGAGACAAAAUGGAAACUUGGAGGUUGAGACAAAUUCAGUGCCUGGAGGAGUCGAAGUGAGUCCUAAUGGUGCAGUAAUGGAUCAGAAUGGUGACAACUUGGAGAAAGAGAGGAUUGAUGCUGCAAAGGAUGUUUCUGCUAGUGAAUCAUUUCUUAGGAUGGAAGAGCACAGAAGACAGACUGAAAUACUAUUGAAAAGGUUUAAAAACUCUCAUUUUUUUGUCAGGAUUGCAGAGUCAGGUGAGCCUCUAUGGUCCAAAAAAGGUGCUUCUGAUUUGUCUCAGAUGGAUAGUCAACAGUCUAUUGCGAAUGAAACCAAAAACACUGCCAAGAACAUAUCUAGUCUAAAUGCAGUUAUUGAUAGUGGAAAUUUUGAUGCCAAUGUUUCUGGUGGAGUAGCUAGAGAUACUGUUAAGUGUUGCUCUCUUUCCAAUGGAGACAUAGUGGUACUUUUACAAGUGAAUGUUGUUGUUGAUUUUCUAAGAGAUCCUGUCAUUGAAAUUCUUCAGUUUGAGAAAUAUCAGGACAAAAGUCUGUCUUCUGAGAAUCAGGAAAACUUAGUUUACGAAAAUCAAGACCCAUGUGGAGAACUGUUGAAAUGGUUGCUUCCUCUGGAUAACACUCUUCCUGCACCUCGUACUUUAUCUCCUCCUUUAGGUUCUGGUACUGGAAUUGGUAGCACAUCUCAGAGGUCUGCCUUUUCUGCCUCCUCUGGCUCUCAGCUCUUUUCUUUUGGUCAUUUUAGAAGUUACUCUAUGUCAUCACUUCCUCAAAAUGUUGCAACUCCUCCUGGACCUGUUAAAGCCCAGAGUUCUAAACCAUCGUUUGACCUUGAUGAGUUGGAUCAUUACUCUUCUCAGAAGAUUUUGAAGAGUCAAAGAACAGGGACUGAAGGGCUUUUAUCCUUCAGGGGUGUGUCACUAGAGCGAGAAAGAUUUUCUGUCCGUUGUGGAUUAGAAGGGAUCCAUAUCCCAGGAAGAAGAUGGAGAAGGAAACUUGAAAUAAUUCAACCUGUUGAGAUCCAUUCUUAUGCUGCUGACUGCAACACAGACGACCUUCUUUGUGUUCAGAUAAGGAAUGUUGCUCCAGCACAUAUACCAGAUAUUGUAGUUUACAUAGAUGCUAUAACAGUUGUUCUGGAAGAGGCUUCAAAAGGCGGGCCACCUACUUCCCUACCAAUUGCAUGUAUUGAAGCUGGUGAUGACCAUAAUUUGCCAAAUCUAGCUCUCAGGCGGGGUGAAGAGCACUCUUUUAUUUUAAAACCAGCUACUUCUAUGUGGAAGGACCUCAAAACUUAUGGAGAAAAGUCUAAGUUGUCCAGUUUACGACCCCCUUCUAUGACUUUUGAUAGAGAGGGAAGUGCUUCGACAGUUAACCAGUAUGCAAUUAUGGUAGCAUGCCGUUGCAACUACACUGAGUCAAGAUUGUUUUUCAAGCAGCCAACAAGUUGGAGACCACGUAUCUCUAGGGAUCUUAUGAUCUCAGUUGCAUCUGAAAUGUCAGGACAAUAUUGUGGGCCCAAUGAAAGAGUCACUCAGCUUCCAGUUCAGGUCUUAACUCUUCAGGCUUCAAAUAUGACACCUGAAGAUCUAACCAUGACAGUUCUUGCUCCAGCCUCCUUUACCUCACCUCCUUCCGUGGUAUCAUUGAAUUCUUCUCCGACAUCACCAAUGAGCCCAUUUGUUGGUUUUUCUGAGCUUGCAGGGAAAGCAAGUAGUGUGCACAAGCUGAGCUCAAUGUCCACUGCAUCAGAGAAUCUGAAACAGAAUGGUGAUGCUGGGGCUAGGUUUACUUCUUUCAAUGAGCAGUUGACUCCAAUAGCUGAUGUCAUUCCAACUUCUGGUUUGGGAUGUACUCAUCUCUGGCUACAGAGUAGAGUGCCAUUAGGAUGUGUUCCUGCUCAAUCUACAGCUACCAUCAAGCUUGAGCUACUUCCAUUGACCGAUGGCAUAAUCACUCUUGACACUUUACAGAUUGAUGUUAAGGAGAAAGGUCUUACAUAUAUCCCUGAGCACUCACUGAAGAUAAAUGCGACUUCUAGUGUCUCCACAGGGAUUAUUUAGGAUGGAUUGCAGCUUGUGUUUCUUAUGUCAUGUUAUCUUUAGCCAUCAAGGAUUUCAAACAUCAUUCAUUUUGUUACUCGGUAUUGGGCUUCUAGUGCCAUAUUGUGUAGAAUCUUUGGUACCAAUGUAGAUAUCUUCCUGUGUUUAGCAGAAAAGGGAUUGUCUUGCUAAUUCGUCUGAAAACUUCGGCCACGAAUGAUUUCUUGUAAACUGCAAUCUUGAGAAUGACAUUUGUUAUAUACCCCCUUUGAUGGGAAAGAAAUGUUCUUUGUAGAUGAAACUAGAGGCGUGAAAGUGUAUCAGUUGCAAAGAAAUCACGAGAACUUGAGUGCUUUUUAGAUAUUCAGUCCACACAAAAACUUGUUAGUAUUCAAAGACAGCCAUGUUACGCUUCCAAAAUAGUGAAUUUAUAAUUUUCUGUUGA